UGAAGGCAAAUCAAGGCAUGUUCUUUCCAUGAAUCAGAUCCAGUUAAAAGGCAGGCUUCCUACACAAACAUGAGUUUUGCUGCUUACGUAGGAAGAUAGAUUUCACUGCAGGAAGUUUGCUAAUACGUAAGAAGACUGCAGGAAAAAGGUGCAAAAGAGUUAACAAAAGACAAAGGAUUUCAGCUUCAUUUGAAAAUCUUUGCUUCAGUACAGUCAUCUAGUUUGGCAAAAACGUAAUACAAAUUAGUUUGGAAAGCACUGCUUCAACAGAUAGAAAGGAAGCAAACUUGUCAAGACAUGGGUGACAUUCUAUAUUCCCAAACCAGUAUUAAGCAUACUGCCAUAGUUGAAAACUGCUUUGGGAUGUCUGGGCAGCCCUUGGUUAAAGAAGGACGUAUACUCCUUUGCAAAGGAGCACUGAAGAAAGAAUGCAGAAAAAGAGGAAAGCUCAGAAUAUUUUUCUUAUUUAAUGACAUUUUAGUGUAUGGAAAAAUUCUGAUUAUGAACAGAAAGUACAUUAAGCAGCGCAUUAUUCCUCUAGUAGGGCUUACUGUAGAGACCCUUCCAGACUUGGAGGAAAUUAAGAACCGAUGGCUGAUCAAGUCAGAAAAAAAAUCCUUUGUAGUUUCUGCAGCGACUCUCAUAGAAAAGAAGGAGUGGAUGUAUCACAUAGAGGAAUCCACAAAAUUCGCAGAGAUGAAUACUUGCAGAAUAUCAAAUGAAGAACCUGCCGCUGUGUGGAUAUCUGACAAAGCCACUGAUGUCUGCAUGCGCUGUGAGAAAAACAAAUUCAACUUUGUACGCAGGAAACAUCACUGCAGAAAAUGUGGUCUUGUGGUGUGUGGAGACUGCAGUAAACAAAAAUUCUCAAUUCCCUCAAUAUCUAAUAAGCCACAGAAGGUUUGUCUGCUGUGUUAUAAGUUAUUACUUUCUAAGGAAAGGAAAAAACUGGAGGAACAAAGAACAUUAAUGGAACAAAUGCAUUCAUUUCUCCAAGACAAUGACUCUCUCAUUGAUGAUAAUUAUGACAAUCAUAAAUGUGGUGAACAGUUUGAUCAGUGGUCAGAACAAGAGUUUGAUUCGCCUGCUAUGCUUUGGUCUGCAGUGCAUAAUUAGCUCAUCGUCAUGUUCCUGUGAAGUUUUCAUUCAGGAUGUAAAUGAUGCGGAAUAAUUCUGUUGUAGCUGCCGAGAAGACAGCUGUUCACAACUUUUUCAAAUAUUUCAAAAAUUGUAUAUUUACAUUGAAGUUGCUGCAUCACUUUGAGAUGCCUGAAACUGUACAGACUUGCUAAAUAUAUUAAUGCAUCAAAAUUGUCAUCAGAAUUGUCAAUACCAGUUAUGUAGGUAUGCUCUCAGUAAGCAAUUCCAGUGUCAACUUUAAGUGAUACUCUGUAAUGUUUAUUAUGUAGUGGUCAUUUACAGGAGCAAUGUAGACAAAACAUGUUACUUUGUUACUAGGUUGUUAGUACAAGGGCUGGUCAUAUCUGCAAAGAGAACCACUUACAGGUUGGUUACCUGUGACCCUUAUCAAAGGAGAUGCAAAACUUCUAUUUUUGCUUAACACUUUAUACAUAUUUAUAGUAUAGAUUUGGAAAAUGCUUAGACUAUGCAUCAGAAAUUUAAUUGUGCUUAUGAUUUUGGUACUGAUGCUUUUUUCAACAAAAUUAAAGAGGAAAAUUUGAACUUCUUAUUCUUAGUGGCUUAAUUAUUCACAUAGAAAAUUAAAUGACCAUCAAAGAUACUCAACCAUGGAGUA